ACAAGACCGUUGCUGGCCGCAUGGAGUUUCGCGGGUAACAAAAAAAGUGUGGAUUUUGUUGUAAUUUCGUGAAAUUCGGCGAUAUUCCAUUAGCGGCACACCACCAAGAUGCAGCAGGACGAGAUCGUGUGGAGCGUGAUCAGCCGGCAGUUCUGUUCGUUUCAGGUGAAGACGAAAACACAGAACUUUUGCCGGAAUGAGUACAGCCUGACCGGUCUCUGCUCCCGCAAAGCCUGUCCGAUCGCCAACAGCCAAUAUGCGACGGUUCGCGAGGAAGAGGGCAUCAUUUAUCUGUAUAUGAAGACGGCCGAGCGGAACGCGUUCCCGUCCAAGCACUGGGAGAAGGUAAAGCUGUCGCGCAACUUCGAGAAGGCCGUCUACCAGAUCAACGAAAACCUGCUGUACUGGGACAAGUUCGUGCGGGUGAAAUGCAAGCAGCGAUUCACCAAAAUCACCCAGUACCUUAUUCGGAUGCGUAAGCUGAAGCUGCGCCGUCAGAAAAUGUUGGUUCCGUUGGCGACGAAGAUCGAGCGGCGGGAGCGCCGACGAGAAGAGAAGGCUCUGGUGGCGGCCCGUAUCGAUAACGCGAUCGAGAAGGAGCUGAUGGAGCGGUUGAAGAUGGGCAUGUACGAGGAUAUCUACAACUUCCCACAGACCGCCUUCGACAAGGCACUCGACGCAGAAGAGAUGGAGGACGAUGAAGAGGAGGAGGAGGAGGACGAAGCAGAAGAGGAGCAGGAGAAGGAGAUGGAGGUGGGAGAAGAGCUACAGCGAGAGCUGGCGAUGCCGGAUGAGUUUGUAGAAGGCGAUUCGGAAGACGACGAUGAUGACGAUUCGGAUGCGGCCAGUGAAUCGGGCGUACGAGAAUCGGUGGAGGUUGACAGCGACUUUGAAUCUUCCGACGAAUCGGACAUGGAAGACUACCAGCCGAAAGUAUCGUUGCGACCGCCCAAACCCGAUGCACCCACGGACCAGGCAGAGGCGAAUGGCAGUGCAAAGAAGAAACUCCGCAAGCUACGCAAACCGCACUUUGAAAUCGAGUAUGAGGUCGAAGGCGAAACGACACAGCAGCGCCAACGUAAAUAAUCCGUUGACCGAGGGUCCGUUAGAGUUUAAGAUGCUUGUUUUUGGAUAAACAAAUGAACCCUGAAA